AUGAAUUUUGGGUACCAAUUCUAAAAUAGAUAGCUAAUUCUAGACAUUCGGGCAAUCUUAAGAUUUGAUAAGAAUUCUAAAACACAGUACACCAACCUUAGAAGAAUUAUUAAAGAGAGAUGAUUUUUUAAACGACUUAAAAGCAGGAGCAAUGCAUGCAUUUAUAGAUUAGUAAUUGUGAUCACUAAUAUCAAUAUCAGUAUUCUUAAAAAUAAGGACUUGAUAGAAGAGAUGAUAACACUUCUGACAUCAACCAAUAACCAAACCAAUUAUCCUUUUAUAAUCAGCGAAAUUUUUGAGCAUUCAACACUAAUAGAACAUUUAUUUGCUGGUAGAUAACCAAAAUUAGCAAGAAUAGAGAAAAAGGUAAAUUAUAUAAUAUAAGUAGACAACUCUUGAAUAAUAUUUGUCAGCUAAUUAAGAUACAAUGGAUAAUUAAGAAGAGGUAGAAGAAAGUUAAAGUUCAAGUAACAUUAUAAUUAUAUUGUAGUUAAAUUUCUACCUGAUACUACUGAUAUACUUGGUGAUUAGGAUGCCUUUUACUUAAUUUAAAAGUUAUUCUCUUUUCUAAAAUGUUCUAAUGUAAAUGAAACUUAAGUUGGAUAUUUUGGAAAAGCAUUGAAUAUUAUAUCUAAGAAUUAUUGCAUUGAAGUAAUUAUUAUUAUGAUAUUAAUACAGUUUUGGAAUUUCUCAAAGAUUUGUGGAUCGAUAAUUAGUGAUAUAAUAAGUCAUUUGAAAUUUAAAUAGAUUUAAGAAUUUUUUGCAAAAGUUAUAAUAAUGGACCAUCCAUCUAGAAAGAACUUUAGUCAUCAUUAUAAACAAAGAAAAGAAUUAGUUCAAGGUCUUUUUGAAUGUUGUUUAGAAUGGGAAGACAGUUUAAUUGUAAUAAUUAAUAUUAUUUUAAUAUCAGUUCCUAGAAAGUGUCUCUGAAUUUCUGAAUUGUAUAUUUCAAUUUGGUAAUCAUUUGUAUGAACAUAUUAAUGAAAUGUUGGAUCUUAUUAUAAAACCUGCAUUUUAUUACGAAAUUGCUGUAAUUAUACAAUAGUUUAUUCAUAGUAUAAAUCAAAAGAACCUGCAGUUUAUAAAUUAUAUUACAAUUCAAUCUGUUUCUUAGGAAUUCUUAAUACCUCAUUACUUACAUAAUAAAAUUUACAAUAAUAUCAAUAAACAGAGAAUAUUUUAAAAUAAAUCACAUAAUUAAAUACAUAAAUUCCAUCCUUUUAAUUAGCAAUCUAAUCAAAUCUUGUUAAUCUAGAACUAUUUCAAAAUAAUUAAUACGAAAAAUAUUAAUAUCUUUUUGGUAGUAAUAACCUUAUUUUGGUUAAAUCUAUUGAUGUUAUUAUUAGAUUCCAUAAUUAAGAAUUGAUAAAUCUAUUGUUUCAUCAUAAAAUCUUUGAUUAUCUAUUGGUAUCUAUUGAUAUUUAUUCAUUUUAUAGCAUUUAACAUCCUUAUUUCAUUUGAACAAUCAAUUACAUUAUACAGUAUAUUCCAUUUUUAACUAUCUCAUUAUAGAAGAUGUCCACAGAAUCAUCACUCAAACUUAAAUUCUAGACUAUUUGAAUGCAAAUAUCAAAUAAUUUAAAAAGUAUUUAUUCAUUUUUAUUAGAGUAAUUCACAAUAAGGUUUCAUGGGGAGUUUAAAAAAGAUUGGCUAUUUAAUUCUACCAUCUAUAGAAAAUAAUGAAUAAAAUUAGUCAUUAAAGACUCUAUUGCUUGAAUGCAAACAAAAAGAAGAUUCUUUCCUUCUGAAUGUAGAUCCUAAAGAUUGUAAAGAAAUUCCACCAAUUUCAUUGAGUAUCGACAGAUAAAUUGAAAUGAUGCUUGAUGAAAAGAAUAAUAACAAUAAUUCAAAUUCACAUACCAAUUGAAA